AUGAACGGUUUCUCAGAACACGGGCUGGACGAGGAUGCCUUUGGCGAAAAGGGCAACCUCGUCUCGGCUUUUGAUGCAUUUCCAAAAUCAAAACCUCAAUAUGUGACCAGGACAUCAGGUGGAGGGAAAUGGACGGUAGCGAUGCUCCUCGUCUCCUCCAUUCUUAUAUUCAGCGAAUUUACACGAUGGUGGCGCGGUUACGAAAACCACACGGUCGCAGUAGAGAAAGGAGUUGGACACAACAUGCAGAUCAAUCUAGACAUAGUCCUGAAAAUGGCGUGUUCAGAUAUCCAUAUCAACGUUCAAGACGCAGCGGGCGAUCGAAUCCUUGCUGCAGAGAAAAUGAAACUGGAAAUGACGAAUUGGUCGCAAUGGGUCGACAACAAGGGUAUCCACAGUCUUGGGAAAGAUGCCCAGGGACGUGUGGUUACCGGCGAGGGGUAUCAUGAUCAUGAUGAGGGGUUUGGAGAGGAGCAUGUGCACGAUAUUAUAGCUGCGGCAGCUAGUUCUGGGAGGAAAGCGAAGUUCUCAAAGACACCGAGACUAAGAGGGAACGUUGGCGACAGCUGUAGGAUAUACGGGAAUCUAGAGGUCAACAAGGUGCAGGGUGAUUUCCAUCUUACUGCGCGCGGUCAUGGAUAUCAAGAAUGGGGCGCAGGACAUUUGGAUCAUACUGCUUUCAACUUCUCCCACAUUGUCAACGAGCUUUCAUUCGGCGCUUUCUACCCAUCCCUCCUCAACCCCCUCGAUCGCACUGUCUCCACCACACCAAACCACUUCCACAAAUUCCAGUACUUCCUCUCGGUCGUACCAACCGCCUACACCGUCGAUAGUAGCAGCCGUUCUGCGCGCGACACGAUAUUCACCAACCAGUACGCCGUUACAGAACAGUCACAUGAGGUUAACGAGCGCUCAGUUCCUGGGAUCUUCUUCAAGUAUGACAUUGAGCCUAUGCUUCUGACAGUCGAGGAGAGCCGAGACAGCUUCUUAAGAUUCGUAGUUAAAGUUGUGAAUGUCUUCAGUGGUGUCUUGGUGGCUGGCCAUUGGGGUUUCACGUUGACGGAGUGGGCGGUAUCAGCCUUUGGAAAACGGAAGAGGUCUAUGAGCGUGGGUGUUCUGACGGGAAAGUCCCAUGAGGCAUAUGAUUGA